UAGAAGAACAACCUUUUAGAAGCAAAUUUAUAUGAAUGUGUAUCAGUGUGAGUGCAUGAUGAUGAUGAUGAUGAUGCAAGAGAGCAUAUUACAUGACACAUUACCAUGAUGUUCCAUAACCGACCCCUCAAGGUCCCAACACAAAAUUGAGUCAUUCCUCUCACUCUUCUUCUGUGUAAAUGUACAAUGUUUUCCUUUAUAUGCAAUGUGAACAGCAAAUCAUGAUCUCAGACAAGGUCUGAGGAUUCUGCACCAUAAAAAAACCUACACAAUCAUAAAAGAAGAAGGAGAAGGAGAAUUCUGUUGAAUGAUGGGAAUCUAUCCUUCUUCUGCUCAUGGAGGAGUUGUUCAGGAAUAAGAGACAGAACAGGUUGCAGUUAUAGAAAAUCAUAACUUGAUGCAAAGGGCAAUAGCAGAAUUGUAUAAGCAAAUAAAAGGGAAAACAGUAUUCCAGUUUGAUCUUUAAACUGAGGUUUAAGGACUCUCCUUGCUCAGUAUGAAACUUGGCGCAUCUACUUGUUGGAUUAUUAUUAUUUUUCUGAGGAAAUGAGGAUUUCAUAGAUAAAAUGGAGAAGAUGUGUCACACUCGCUUGGAACUUUGUCACGAGUAUUCUCUUAAAGCAUCCAGAGUAUCUUUUAUCCCUGAAAGACUUGGUGAUAUUGUUAUACUCUUAAUAAGGUUUGGUAUACUUGUGUGCCUUGUUGCCUCCAUAUCACUCGCUCUCCACUCAGCAUUUGCUAAACCAGACCGAUGGUUCCCCUUACCGGAGCAUAUACAUACUGUACAGAAUACUUCUGUCAUUGACAGCGGACCGACAAACAUCUCUCAUAUUCUGUUUGGCAUCGGUGGGUCAUCUAACACUUGGCAUGACCGCAGCAACUACAGCAAACUAUGGUGGAAUCCAAACACCACAAGAGGUUUUGUUUGGCUUGACAAGAAGCCUAAGAUUCUGCGUGAUGACAUGCUUGUACCAUAUCAAAUCUCAAAGGGCUGGAAACGGUUCCAGUAUGUGCAUUCAGCGUCUGCAGUUCGGAUUUCCCGGAUAGUUCAUGAGAGCUUUAAACUUGGUUUGCCAAAUGUUCGGUGGUUUGUAAUGGGAGAUGAUGAUACUGUGUUCUUUACUGAGAACUUAGUUACUGUGUUGAGAAAAUAUGAUCACAACCAGAUGUAUUAUAUUGGUGGGAGUUCUGAGAGUGUUGAGCAAGAUUUGAUGCAUUCUUAUGACAUGGCAUUUGGUGGUGGUGGAUUUGCAAUCAGUUAUGCAUUAGCUGCUCAACUAGCCAAAAUAAUGGAUGGUUGUCUAAGCAGAUACUACUACUUUUAUGGUUCUGAUCAAAGGGUUUGGGCCUGUGUGAAUGAAAUUGGGGUGCCUCUUACCAGAGAAGGUGGAUUCCACCAGCUUGACAUAAGAGGGGAUCCAUAUGGUCUUCUAGCUGCACACCCUUUGGUACCACUUGUAUCUCUCCAUCACCUUGACCAAUUGAACUCCUUGUUUCCAAACCAGACUCAAUUUCACUCAAUGGAAAAGCUCGUCAGUGCAUACCACGUUGACCCUGCCCGGACAGUGCAGCAAAGUUUUUGCUAUGAUCAUAAGCAUAGAUGGUCAAUAUCCAUCUCAUGGGGUUACACCAUACAAAUAUAUCCAUUUUUGUUGAUAGCAUCAGACUUGCAGAUGCCAUUGCAGACAUUUAGGACUUGGCGAAGUUGGAAAGACGGCCCCUUCACAUUCAAUACGAGACCAAUGAGCUCUGACCCGUGUCAGAAGCCAGCUGUGUUUUUCCUGGAUGAGGUUACAGAAGUGGGAAAAAGUGGAAGUGUCACUAUCUACAAGAGACAUGAAGGCAGUGAAGGGAAGUGCACGAGAGAAGGCAUUACUAACGUGGAAGUGGAAAGCAUUACAGUUUCUGCCUUGAAGCUGGACCCAGAAUAUUGGAAAAGUGUAUUGCGCAGGCAUUGCUGCCAAUCAUUGGCGGGUGGAAGCAUAAACAAUGGUAGUAUGCAUAUCAGGAUUAGGAAGUGCAGACCUCAAGAAACCAUUACUAUUUAGGAAUCAGCUAUUUUAUUUGCUCGGCAUAGUGAGUAGAUUACUAUAGUAUAGUGAGUCUUAUAGGUGUUACUCUAACAUUUCCACCCUUGUACAUAUAUAGUUGUCAAAAUAUUCAUAUAGUCUCAACUUUAAAUAAUAAAUCUCUCAGGGAAAUUUUCUACUUGUUUGUAUGGCCUCAAAUAUCUAGAUAUGUAUUGUUUUCUCUUUGCUUUUUCAUAUUCUGGCUUCCGUUUUCAAUCAUGCAAGCACAUGUACAGGAAGACCUUCCCUCAUUAUGCCUCUUCAUAUGAUGUGAAUGUCUUUCACACUAGAAACUGCCACCACCUCACCAGCAGUGGUAAAGAUGAUUCCUCUAUGUAUUUUGAUGUUGCUCAAGUUUCAAUUUUACUUUGGUGAGCCUUUAUAAGCAGAGAACCGAGCUGCAGACCAUGCAAAUGUUUGAAUAAUGUUGUGUAAUGGUGGAAUGGUUCUCAGUAACAGAUGCUCUUUUUUCUCUAACUAUAUCUUGGAUUUCAUGGGACAGGUUCAGGAUAAGUAAGCACCGGUGAAUGUCGUUUUCUUUGUUUGAAGAACGGUUUUAAGAGGGAGAAGAUUUGGUAAGGUGUUGUUUAUUCUCUUCUUUUAUAACAUCCAUAGAUUUGGUGACGUAACCUGAAUAAGGUCUUGUUGUAUUUCCUUCUCCAUUCGACUGUGCAGGCUAAUUCUUUAACAUCCUACGCUGGAUAUUCAAAUACUUGUUUUGUUUUGCAGUUUUUUCUACAACUGUCGCACGGAUGACCGUUAGAAACUGCCAAAAUAUCAACUUUGUGAUGCACGUCGAAACAAACAUUUUCUUUAACUUCGGAAAACUGUAAAUUUGACAGCUAGAAAUUACAAUAUUUUUUGUAGUGUGUGUACUACAUCAUGGAUCGAUCCUUUGUGAUCACAGUUGUGAAAAAAAGAAGUAAUUUUUUAGAUAAAAAAAACUACUAUGAACUAUUGUAGGACGUCGCGUGUUUUGUAGUUGGAGGAUCUAGUUUUCUUGUCAUUAGUGAAUUAUUUGAGUUUGGUUUAUUAAAGGUUGGAUUUGGUAUUUGUUUAACUGAGAAAAAGUCUAAGCUUUAAAUAAGGUUGCCAUAUAUAAGUUAAAGUUAUAUUUUGCAAGCUUAUUCAUUAAUAGUUUGUGUAAUCAGAACAGG